UGGAGUGUUACAAAUACCAAGUUUUAGCUGUGGCUACGGAGGCAAAAUCUAGAGAAGAGUCUCAAAAUAUUAAAAGUGGCAAGAGAGUUACGUUUGAUUGGAGUUUUAACAUUGGAGAACAGGCCCUGGAUGUUUCUGUGAUAUCAUUUCCCACCGCUCCACCCUCUAUACUAGUCUUAGGAGAAAGAAAUUUAUUCUGUCUAACAGAGUCUGGACAGUUGAGAUACAUGAAGAAAUUUGAAUACGAUGUUAGUUGUUUUAAUCCAUAUGCCUCUAUUACGGAGGGAACUAUAAAUUAUUUAAUAGCGUCGCACACACAGACGUUAAUGGUAUAUCAAGACAUAUGUCUCAAGUGGGCGGCUAAAGUUGACAGCGUGCCCGUCAUGGUUAGAGUUGGAAACUUUCAGGAUCUGAAAGGAAUUGUGGUGACAUUAAGUGACUCAGGAAGGCUAGAAUGCUCAUAUAUGGGCACGGAUCCAGCCCUGUUUAUACCACCUCCCGUGGAAGCCAGGGAGUUGAACUAUGCUGAUAUGGACAAAGAGAUGGCGCAGUUACAGAAAAUAAUAAAAGAGAAACAGGCAAAUGCAGCAAUUAUGCCUAAUCUGUCUGGAAAAGAAGAAGAUUUGACGAUUAAUGUCCAUGUAUCACCCAGUUUAGAUGAUGUAUCUGUAAGUUUGUUUUGA